AUGGUGCUCGACUUCGAAUACGGUGUUAACACAGGAAAUCGUUUUCUUCAGUUUGUUGAUCACGAUGAAGAACCAGAAGCAUUUAUUGCUGCUCAAGCAAAAGAAGAAGAAAAACAAAGAAAGACUUCGACGAAAGAUUCCAGCCAAUCAACCAAGAAAGUGACCAGUAAAACGACAACAUCAACAACAACCAAAACUAACAAAGAAAACUUAACGGCAAAGUCAACACAUGUUGAUUCACGAAGACAACAAUCGGCGACUACACCAGCUGUAUUCGGUGAUAACAACAAUCAACCACGUGGUGAUAGUGCACGAGGUGCCCGUGGCGGUUCAAGAAGAGGUGGACCAUACACAGAAGGUUCUGGUCGUGGCCGUUCUCAACGUUUCAACAAAUUCGAAGGACAAGGUUCAUCAUCAGCCAACGAAUCAGGUUCAUUCGAACAAAGCGGCGACGCUUGGAGUAACGAAGCUGGUACACGCGGUGGUCGUGGCCGUGGUGGACCAAGACGUGGUAACUUCGAAGGAGGCCGUGGUGCCGGUGGCCGCGGUCGUGGUCGCGGUGGACCAGGACGUGGCAACUUCAGCAACCGAAAUCAAGACGAUGAUUCACAACAAGAAGGCAGCGGAUGGCAACAAAGUUCCGAAACAAAUUUCGAUAGCGGUCGUACACGUGACUAUGAUCAAGACGCCUUAGCAACAGACCGAUCAUUCGAACCAGAUAAUACUCGACGUAACAACCGAGGUAGCCAUCGCGGCCGAGGAUCACAUGGUAAUCGCAACUAUAGUGAUCGUGAAGGUGAAGGUGGUCAAGAAGAUCAUCGAUCCAAUCGCCGUCAAUUCGAUCGUCAACCACGUUCAUUCGUUUCCGGUGUGAAACCAAUCGAGAAGAGAGAUGGAGAAGGCGCUUACAACUGGGGUAAUCCAACUGAAAAUCCUGAAGAGCAUCCAAUUUCUGAUGAAAUAAAUGAAACAACAGCUCAAGGAGCACCAACAUCAAAAGAUUGGGCGCAACAAGUCGAUGAAGCUGAAAAGCAAAUGACUUUGGAUGAAUACAAAAAACAAAUUGAAGCGAAAAAACGAGCUAAUCAAGAGAAAUUACCACAAUUCAAGACACGUGCUGCUGGUGAAGGUGAAGAUCCAAAAGCGUUAACAAAGUUGGGUCAUGAAUAUCGUAAGAAGAACGAUGAUGAAGAGGAAGAGGAAGAAGAAGAAGGAAGUGAAGUCGAAGAAAACGAAAGUGGUGAAGAAGAAGAAGAACAUAUGAUCGGAAAAAAGAAACUGAUCAGUAUUCCACUUCGUUUCAAACCAAUUGAAAUACCACGUAAUUCAGGCGCCCAACGUCGUGGAGGCAACCGCUUCCGACCCAAUCGUGAUGAACAACAAAGAUCUACGUCACCUAGCCAAGGCCAACAAUCAUCAUCUCAACAAUACGAUGAUUCGCAUCGAGGUGGUUCACGUGGUGGCCGGGGUGAUUACCGUCGACCGAAUCGUGGCGCUCGUCAAGGACGCGGCAAUGCUGAUCCAAAUGCACCAUCACUUGAUAAUCCAGAAGAUUUUCCUACUCUUCCAAAGCAUCUGAAACCAGCAAGCGUAUAA